AACCCCUCCAUCCUCCAGAUUCGGCCCAAAAUCAAGGCCGUGGCUGCGCUCGGCCGAUGCUACAGACUCAAACCACACCAGACCAGACAAGACACCGGACCAUGUCUGUACCGCAACUCUGAGUCUUGCUUUCCUUGCUGUUCGUUGUGUUACCUCAUGCCCUCCUCCACUUUGGACAGGGUACAUACUCCUUUGACGAUCAGCGAGCGUGUUCGGAUAGCUUCAAAGGCACCACUCUACCGCCUCAUACCCUCCUUAACACCCUUCUUCCAUCAAACCUUCAACUGCAAUGACGCCGCAUGCAUAGCUUCACAGCCACUCCUACAAGGCGCCGACACUCACCUAACUCGACUGACGAACAUCGACACUCCUACUCUCGAGUUAUUUUUCCUAUACUCUAGCGACCUCGAACGUUCCUCCGUCGCUCCGCCCUCGGUGGCCCUGAUCGACCGUCUCCUCCACCGACCCUCCGACCCCGCCGCGCUAGGCAUCACCCUGGCUGUCGACUGUCCAGCUGCUCGUCUCACAUGCCAGGUCGCACGCGACGUCACGGCCAACUUUUUCAACGCUGCGCAACGAAGCCCUCGUCCACUGAAAGUCCUAAAGCGAUAUCCUCUACGUUUCGGGUGGUCUUCAUCCUCCCGACACCAUCCUUAUGCCUCUCGAAUCUCCCCUUCAAGGCUACGACCGAACAAAUAAUCCAAUAACCGCCAUCAUGGCGACCGACGUACACAAGACCGAUGCGAAAGGUGACACCAAGGUUCCUGCGCCAGCUCCUAACGCGGGCCUGGUCAGGAAACCAAGCGAUCCUCAUCCGGCCGGUCGCGUCAAGCACAGCCUGUUGAUGCAGGUACUGCGAGGCUUCUCAUUCGGCGUCUACUUUGCUGCUUGCUGUCUUGCCAUCAUCACCACGCAGAUUCUAGGCGUUCCGCUUUAUUGGGC